AUGGGCCAACAAAACGCAACAAUGCCAACAGAGUUCCUCCUUAGGGGAGUCACACAGAGAAAUGAGCUGAAACUUCCUCUGUUUGUAGUCUUCCUAACCAUCUACAUGAUCACGGUGGUGGGAAACCUGGGCAUGAUCAUGUUAACCAAGCUGGACUCUCGCCUACACACUCCUAUGUACUUUUUUAUCAGACACCUUGCUUUCAUUGAUCUUGGAAAUUCCACCACCAUCUGCCCCAAGAUGCUAGUGAAUUUUGUUGUGGAUCAAAACACUAUAACCUACUAUGCUUGUGCCACACAGAUGGCAUGUUUUAUUCUGUUCAUAGUCAGUGAACUUUCUAUCUUGUCCUCCAUGGCCUAUGACCGCUAUGUGGCCAUCUGCAACCCUCUGCUCUACAGUGCAAUCAUGUCUCAGAGACGGUGUCAAGUGCUUGUUGGCAUUCCAUAUGUGUAUAGUACCUUCCAGGCUCUUCUGUUCCCUGUUAAGUAUUUUACAUUGACCUUCUGUGGGGCUAAUAUCAUAAACCAUUUCUAUUGUGAUGUUGUCCCUUUGCUGCCUUUGAUCUGUUCACAUGUACAAGAGACAGAAUUGUUGACUAUAUUGUUUUCAGCCUUUAAUUUAAUUUCUUCUCUUCUUGUAGUUCUUUUGUCCUACAUGCUGAUUUUGUUAACCAUAUGUCGAAUGAGUUCUGCAGAAGGCAGGAAAAAAGCUUUCUCCACUUGUGGCUCCCAUAUGACUGUGGUGGUGGUCUUCUAUGGAUCUCUACUCUUCAUGUAUGUGCAGCCUGAAUCAUCUCACUCGUUUGAAACUGACAAAUUGGCAUCUGUGUUUUAUACUUUGGUGAUCCCCAUGCUUAACCCUUUGAUUUACAGUUUGAGGAACAAAGAGGUGAAAAAUGCUUUUCAUAGAGUCUUUAAGAAUCUAUGA